UCAAUGAUCGGGGAACAUUAUUCUCUCUCCGUGUCCCUGUCGCUUAUCUGAAGUUGGAGUCGGUCUGCUGUGCGUCUCCUGCCGCGACUGGUCUUCCCCUCGACUAGUGCGUUUUUCCAUCCGCACUUCCCACUUCCUUUCCGUGUCACAUUCGAUUACUUUGGCUGGCUUGUUUGUUGUCGGGGGUAACACUCUCGCCGAGGACGAUGGCUGAAUGCUUGCAGCUCUCUCUAGCCCUCUGUAGGAUUGGCUUCUAUACGUGUUUCAGAGCGCUGUGCUGUAAAGGACCCCCCCCUCCGAGGCCGGAGUAUGACGUGGUGUGCAUCGGCCUGACGGGGGCCGGGAAGACCAGCCUCCUCUCCCGCCUGUGCAGCGAGCUCACCGACUGCAUCGUUCCCACCACAGGUUUUAGCAUCAAAGCUGUCCCAUUCCAGAAUGCCAUCUUGAAUGUGAAGGAACUUGGAGGAGCCGACAACAUCAAGAAGUACUGGAGUCGCUAUUACCAGGGGUCCCAGGGGGUGGUUUUUGUCCUGGACAGUGCAUCUUCGGAGGAGGACCUAGAAGUGGCCCGUGCAGAACUCCAUUCAGCCCUGCAGCACCCACAGCUCUGCACCCUCCCCUUCCUAAUACUGGCCAACCACCAGGACAAACCGGCCGCUCGCUCAGUCCAGGAGAUAAAGAAGUACUUUGAGCUGGAGCCCCUGGCUCGGGGGAAACGCUGGGUUCUUGCAGGCAGCACCGUGGACAACAUGGAGGCUGUGAAGGAGAGUUUUAUCCAGCUCAUCGGCCUUCUAGAAGAGAAGGAGACAGAUCCAGCCCGGAUAUGAGGACGAUAAAGAACCCCUUUAUGAACUAAUUAAAGAUAAAUAAAUAUAUGCCAGCUCUCUUUGUGGAGGGCAUUUUUAUCUUAAUGCCAUCUUCAUGGAACAAGAAAAGUGAGUGACAAAAGUCACAACACAUCUUCUCAACGGACGAGCAAAGAUGGUUUCAUCAAGAACCAAACGAAGGCCAUUCCUAAAGAAAGUGUUACAUAAUGUCUGCUUACUUCUUAACUCACAAAACAUGCAGUUUGUGUUCCCUUGUGCCAUCAUAGUGAAACAACGUGGUUGAACUGAAAUGUAAGAUAUUCACAGGCUCCUGUUGAUAAAACUGUAAGUAUGCAGUUUGUAAGUCUAUUGCACAGUGCUACUGAGAACAUCACCUUGUAUAUCCAAACACAUAAUAUUGAUGCAUACUGAAGUGUGGGUUGACCAGACAGCAUGGUUGUCAAGUGUAUCAGUAAGUUUGUGUUGAAUGGGGGAAUGUUUUAGUGUUGCUUAAGUACGUAGUCUUAAGCCUUAUGUGAUUUACACACACAGAGAAAAAAAAAUUAUAUUUAGUAUUUAAAAAUGCACCUUUGUCCUGCUCUGAGUGACUAUACAAAGAAGGAACACACGCACCAAAAAUCAUCAAGCUUUACAUGCGUGGAGGUGAGGGUCAGAAGCCAUAUUGUAUAAAUGCAUCCAUGCUGACCAUUUAGUGAAGAGAGGUCAUUAAAUCACGUUGCAACAGGGCAUGAAUUAUGAAGCCGUUCACUACUAAAAGUGAAUUAUUGAAACCAGCCCAACACAAAAAAAGGAUAAAAACUAUGAUAAUUAUUUCCUGACCAAUAACACCAUCCCCAUGUUUACUGGGUAUUGAAUGGAAUGAGCUGGACCCAUCUGCUGAUUGGUCAGCUGUGGAUUGUUUGAUGAUGAAAAGAGGUUGGAAAGCUCUUUUUGCUGCUAAGUUUACUGUGAAUGGAACAAUCUGAAAAUCCCCCAGAAUGCCUUAAAUUAACUUGAGGCUGAACAUCAGGAAAACAAAGGAAUUUUCUAAUUUAAACAUAUAACUACAAGCUUUACAAUCCCAUUAUGAGGUAUUUGGGCAGCUGGGAAUGUGACCUUUUGUUUGAUUGAGAUGCUGUUUUGUUGUUGUUGUGGUUGUUGGUGUUGGUUUUAAAUUUGAAAUGCCCUCCCUCACACACCACAGUCUGAGUCAGAGGGGUCCCCUCCCUAUCUGACACCUCCAAACAGCACCCCCCUCAACCAC